GAAAAUGGCAGAAAUACUGGAAAAAGAUAAAGUUACCAUUAAAGAAGAAAUCUCUACUGUAGAGGAUACAUGCACUGUAUUUGUAGUGGGAGAAGAUGUAAAAGAGGAAAUUACAGAAAAUCAAGGUGAAUUGAAUAGUGGAAUACAGGAUACUGUACAAAAUAAACCUGAAUUUGAUCCUUAUAUACAAACAGAGCUCAUCAUUAAAGAGGAAUAUGCGGAAUUUGAUUCAGAGAGAAAAGCAGAAAUUAUGGAAGAAGAUAAAGUUACCAUUAAAGAAGAAAUCUCUACUGUAGAGGAUACGUUAACUGUGUAUGUAGCGGAAGAAGAUAUAAAAGAGGAAAGUACAGAAAAUCAAGGUGAAAUUGUCAAGAUUGAAGAAGAUCCGCUUUUCUCUGAACAAAAGAGAUUUAAAAAGAGUAAAGUGAGAGAUAAAAGAGAUAAAAGUUAUCCCUGUGGAAAAUGUGAUUAUGUGGCAACUAAAUCCAGUCAUUUGAAGACCCAUAUUGAAUCUAAACACGAAAGAGUGAAAUAUCCUUGUUCUCACUGUGAAUACGCUGCCACUCAAGCAGGGCAUCUGAGAAAACAUAUUGAAAAUAAGCAUGAAGGAGUGGGAGAAGAUGUGAAAGAAGAAAGUAGAGAAAAUCAAGGUGAGGUUGUCAAGAUUGAAGUAGAUCCCCUUUUCUCUGAACAAAAUAGACUUAAAAAGAGGAAACUGAGAGAAAAAAGAGAUAAACAUUAUCCCUGUGUAAAAUGUUUAUAUGUGGCAACUCAAUCAACUCAUUUGAAGACACAUAUUCGAAGUAAACAUGAAGGAGUGAGAUAUCCUUGCGAUCAAUGUGAAUACGCUGCCACUGAACCAAGUAGUCUAAAGAGACAUAUUAAAAAUAAACACGAAGGAGUGAGGUAUUCUUGUGAUCUGUGUGAAUACGUUUUUACUGGUGUACAAAGUCUGAAGAUACACAUUAAAUCUAAACAUGAAGGAGUGAGAUAUUUAUGUGACCAAUGUGAUCACACUGCCACUACAGCAAGUCGUCUGAAGAGGCAUAUUGAAUCUGCGCAUGAAGGAGUGAGAUAUCCGUGUUCUCACUGUGAAUAUGCUGCCACUCAAGCAGGUGAUCUGAAGUUACAUAAUAAAAAUAAACAUGAAGGAGUGAGAUAUCCCUGCGAUCAGUGUGAGUAUGUAGCUACAGGUGUAAGGAGUCUCAAGAAACAUAUUGCAAAUAAGCAUAAAGGAGUAAGAUAUCCUUGCUCAAAAUGUGAAUAUUCUACAACUGCUGCACGUGAUCUGAAGAGGCAUGCUGAGAAAAAGCAUGAAAGAGAGAGAUAUUCUUGUUUAGAAUGUGAAUAUGUUGCUAGUUCAACAAACAAUCUAAAAAGACAUGUUGAUAGUAAACAUAAAGGAGUGAGGUAUCCUUGCUCUAAAUGUGAGUAUGUUGCAACACAGGCAGGUGAUCUUAAGAGACAUGAUGAAAAUAAACAUAAAGGAGUGAGAUAUCCUUGCUCUAAAUGUGAGUAUGCGGCAACUACAGCAAGUGCUCUGAAGGUACAUGUUGAACGUAAACAUGAAGGAGUGAGAUAUAUUUGCUCUAAAUGUAAUUAUGUUGCAACUACAGUAAGUUAUCUGAAGAGACAUACUGAAAUUAAACAUGAAGGAGUGAGAUAUCCAUGUUUACAAUGUGAAUUUACUGCAACUUCUUCACGAGGUUUGAAGAAACAUGUGGAAAUUAAACAUGAAUGAAUAAGAUAUUAUUCCACUUAAUGUGAGCACGCGGCAUCUAUAGCAAGUGCUCUGAAGGUUCAUGUUGAAAGUGAACAUGGAGGAGUGAGAUUCCCAUGUUUUAAUUGUGAGUAUGUUGCAUCUCAAGUUGCCAGUUUAAAGAGACAUGUUGAGAGCAAACAUAAAGGAAUGAAAUAUUAAUGAUCAAAAAAGACAUGUUCAAAGAUAAAGGAUUGAGACAUCUUUUGGCUCCCCUGAGUUGAGCAAAAAUGAAUCAACCCAAAAGUGCACUGUACUGGUUCAUUUACACAAGAUGUGUACAAUUUACAUUCUAAACUUAUUUUGUUUUCAAAUAUAAACCAGAUCUGUAAAUACAGUAUACUAAAAUGUUGCAAUUUUAACACCACAAUAUAUGCAUAUAAAAUUUUAAUUGUGUGCCGCGUUUAACGGAAACGGCUUACCGUGGUUUUAUGGCUAAUUGGAUUUUAGGACCAGAUAUUUCAAUUAUAAAUAUCAAUAUCUCAGUUUGCUAGUCAGAAGACAUUUUCUCCCUGAAUUAAAACACUGUUAUUCUCCACAGCUCGAACAGGUGUACAUGCUGACCAAGAUGAGGAGAAGUAAGUGAUUGGCAAUAUCUGAGCAAAUCUAUUGCAAAUGAACUGAUCGAUACCAACUAUCCAAUACCUAUCUUAUCUGAAAAUAAAGAAAAUAGAGUACCAAAGAAAUGUAAGGAUAAAGGAUACAAAUCAUUGCUUUCACAAUUGUGUUGAAGAAUUACCUUAAAUGAUAUGAUAUAUGUUGCUUAUUUUAUAAUGAAUCCAUUUUUUUCAGAUAGAAUGGGAGAGAUUUUUAAAGAUGAAUUAGAUUUGCAGGGUUGCGGUAAAAAAAAGAGAUAGUUUCCAUCAAGAAAGAAAUACUUCCCUCCUCUACUGUAGAGGAGAUAUGUACUUAGUAGGGCUGGACGUCAUUAGACCUGAGGAACGAUACUUCUUUCAUGAGAACGAACGGAACUGACAAGAAUGAUCCCAUCAUUCCGAAAAAAGAACGAACGCAUAGAACGCUUUCUUAAAAAUACUGGAACAAUUAAUAAAAGAACUGAAUGGAA